AUGGACAGUGAGGAGGAGAAGGAGUAUGAGACGUCUUUAGAAAAAGAAGAGGACAGUGAAGAGGGAAGGGACGAGGGCAGGGACGAGGGCAGGGACGGCAAAGACCCAGAAAGCGAGGAUGAAGAAGAUGAAAUAGAAAAUUAUGCUGAGACGGAGACAGACGAAUUAAAAUAUGCGAAGGACUGGAAUGGGUUUCUUGUUGAUGGAGGAACAGAGAGGAGUCCAAGAGAAGAUCUAGUGUUGGAGUGGAAGCCGGGUGACCCUGUUACCCCUCAGUAUGUCCUCACACUGCCAGGAUACACUGAGGAUUAUCUGUGCUCUCCAGAGGACAACAUCUACAACAUCAGCUUUUCCCGCUUCAAUAUCCGAGACCUUGCGGGAGGAGCUGUUCUCCUGGAUCUAAAGCGACAUCGACCGACAGAAAUUACAGAUGUCAUGGAGCCAGAUGUGGGACGUUUUAUCCAAUAUCGUUUCGCACCUGCUUUUCUCCGACUGAGGGAGAUCGGAGCCACGUUGGAGUUUACUGUAGGCGGUAAAGCAGUGAACAGAUUUAGGCUGAUAGAGAGGCACUAUUUCAGAGAAACACUACUGAAGACCUUUGAUUUUGAGAUUGGCUUCUGCAUCCCGUACAGUAGGAACACCUGUGAACACAUCUACACUCUACCAGAUCUGGAUUCACACACCAUUGAGGAGAUGAUCGCCAAUCCGUUCGCUGCGAGGUCUGACAGUUUCUACUUUGCUAACAAUAAGCUGAUCAUGCACCACAAAGCAGAGUACUCCUUCAGGCAGGGAAUGAAGACAGACCUGGACUGAACAAUCAAGCAUCCCAUCUAAAUGAUGAAAAAUGCAUACCUUGUACUAUCAUUAUACCAGUGAUCAUUUGCACAAACUGAAUUCAGAAAUUCAUGUAUUUAUUCAUUCAUCUAAUAAACAC